UUGUCUAUUACGACUGGCUUCACACUGGUCCCUCUCCCGUCGUGUCAACCGAGGCUAUCCCAGCAUCACCGCCUUCUUCUUUCUAUCCCUUCUGUAUUUUCUGUCCUUCUCUUAUUUUUUUCCGUCGUUUUCCGACACCUGACCAACUCCGCCGGAUGCAUCACGAUCCUUCCUCGUUUUAUACUCAUUUUUCCUUCGAGCGGAAAGCGUUUUUGGCAGCUGCUCCAGCCGUCGUGCCGCAUCAGCCGUGAGAGGAAAACAUCCAUCCACGACGACCAGGAGGCACGGUGCGAAUACAGCAACGCCCAUUUUGACUCCUGCUCCAUCACCACGGUCCCCACGAAGGCGCGUUGGUGUCUUUUAUAUGUCUGCUUGUUUCUGCAUUAAAAGGGGGCUUUCCUCACUUGUAGCCUGCGUCCACCGCCUCUCCAGCAUCUUCGAGUAGCGGCAGAUAUCAACAGGGGCUGGGCUGCUGAAUGCCCUCCAUGCCCCUUUGCACGCCGCGCACCUAAAUCACAUUUCUGCAGACUGCAUCUGUGGCCUUAACCUUCCACAUCUCUCUGUGGUUCUCCUGCGCCUCCUCUGACAACCCCCCCCCUCCUCUCCCUCUGAGCGCUCGGCUCCUCAUUCUCCUCUCGGUCCCCCGCCAUCGCGUCCAGCUGUGGCCCUCACAGGGCGCGCUCGCUGGCUCUCACCUGACAGGUCCCUGGCCUCAGGACGACAGCCAGCACCAACACGUCCCCUACAUGAGGGACAAAGCGACGCAGACCCCCAGGGCCUGGGCAGAUGAGAGGAGGAGGGGCUCUCACAAACGCUCGGCCUCCUGUGGGAGCACCGACCAGCUCAAAGAGUGUCUGUCUGUCUGUGAAAUUCUCCAGAUUGCCAAAUUGCGUCAGCAGCUCCAGCGCAGCAAACGCAGCAGCCGCCAUCGGAGGGAUAAAGACCGCAAGUCCCCAUUCAAUGGCAGCCAUACCAUCAUCCAGUCGCAGUCGCCCAUGCCCAAAACCAUUCUGAUACCCAUCCCCAUAUCCAAGUCAUCGGCCCCUCGUUUCCGCAACAGCGUGGAGGGCCUCAACCAAGAGAUCGAACGCAUCACCAUCCAAGACACCCCAGAGAAGGACGAGACCAUCGUGCCACAGGAUGUCCCGGACGGGCACCGUGCACCCCCACCCGUCCCCCCACAGCGCGGCAGCAGCACCCGCAGCAUCGACACACAGACUCCCUCAGGUGGCGGCCUGAGCGGUAACCAUAGCAACUGCAGUAGCCGUCCCGACUCCAUCUCACCCUCCUACCUCACCGUCCUCAACGACAUGGGUGCAGGCAGCCCCUACGAGGACAAAGAGCUGAGCCCCUGCUCCCCGCUGCCUAAAUACGCCGCCUCUCCCAGACCCAACAACAGCUACACGUUCAAGAGGGAACCUCCAGAGGGCUGCGAGAAGGUCAGAGUGUCCGAGGAGUCCAUGCCCAAACCUCUGCAGGAGAUCCCUCCUUUCCUUUGUCCCGACCGCAACAAGGUCAACUUCAUCCCCAACAGCGGCUCUGCCUUCUGCCUCGUCAGCAUCCUCAAGCCCUUGCUCCCCGCCCCGGACCUCAACUUUCGCCCCGGGGUGGGCCUCCGAAGCCUGUCCCCGUCCCUCGUGCCUCUGUCCACCCAGCCUUGCCUGCUGGAGGAGCCCGAGAGCUUCUGAUAGCCCCCCUCCCUGCUCUAAUAAAGAAUCCCCCCCCACCAAAUCAGAAAACAUUGGAAACUACUAAACGACCCCUCUGCUCUGACAAAAAAAUGCCUUCAGCAUGCCAGCUAAGCUCUCUCUGAUGUCCUUAUCUUGUUGAAAAAGCGCUUCCCACUGCCUCUCCUCCUCAGAUGACUACAGCGUGAGAUUCCUGCAGCCCCGUGCAGGCGUUUGCAGCUAACAUUUCAUCGCUUUAUUCUACCUUUAGUGCUGGUUGCGUUCCUGUUUUUUGGGAGGAAAAGGGCAAAAGGACAACUCUUUUAUUUCAUCGUUGUAUACCAUGGCGCCUUUCCACGGACAUAUCUCUUUUUCUAUCUGUAGUUAUUCCUCUUGAUAUGAAAUAUGCCUUCCAUUCCAAAAAAAAAAAAAAAAAGAGGCCGCUGGUUUCCUCCACGGAGGCUAAUUUUGGUGCUGCCAGAUAUAUAGUAGCAAAACUUGAACGGUUGUGACAAGGAGAAGUUCAAAAUGUGCCUGAUAUUUUAGACUGCUCAGUUUCGCCAAACCAGCGUAGUGCUCCAAUCAUGUUUGCUCCUUAAGCUUGACGCACAUGAUGUUCGCACUAUGAUGGCCGUAGGUACACGCAGAAAGGCAGGGACAAAUGAGGUGGUAUCACCUCCCACGCUCGGAAACAUUCAGACCACUAAACCCAGACAUCCGUUCUGUACUUUAAUCAGCCAUUUACAGUGAAAGCUGACUGUAAACUGGUAUGAGCCGAUGCCUUCAUUACGCUAACUGGUAGCAGCGAACAGGUCCCCUGCUGGCCGGUGUGUACCUAUGGGAAACACAGGCCAGGGCUAUGAUGUGUGCAGCGUGUUCGACCUGUGUCUGCUUGCCCCUUCUUUCCCAAGCGCCAGCCUUUGCCCAAAAUAUCCCUUUUUACUCUGCCGCCAUCACAACCAGCCCGUUCCGUUGCUCCCUUUUCCAGCUCUUUGUCUCUUUUUCUUACUUUCUCUUACUCUCACUGUUACGCUGAUUGAUUUCCUCCUGUCUUGGUCCAGUCCUGUCAGUGUUGGUGUCAAAUGUGCCCGGGGGGCGUCGUCCUCGCAGGACAGGCUCCGUCUGGCUCACAGGGCCAAGAGAUGAGAGGUUUGUCGAACCCAAACACUACACUGCAGACCGUGAGGGUGGAUGGAGUUCACGUAUGAGUCAGACACGACCUCAGAAGUCAGAAGGUCAUUUAAGUCUCCACAGCAGUCCAGACUGCUGAACAUUUGGUUCCAAAUGAAAGUAUUUCUCUAUUACCUUAAAUUUGUUUAAAAUACAUGGAUGACAUCCUUCUAUCCAUCGUUUCCAAUGCCGCUGUGUGGCCGCUUAUGAUUACAAAAGCAGCAAUGAAAGUUAAAGUCUGAGAAAGAAAACGUCAUGCGGGUUCGGUUUGAUCACAUUCGGUUCACACAAACAGCCUGCACUUUGACUGACCUGUUGCUGAGCUUUGAUUGGUGCAAACAGAUGCGUGACAUCACUUCUUUCCAACUGAGUCCCGGCCACUUCAAACCAGAAAAAAACCCCAAAAGGUUUCAUCUUUCAGGGCCUUCCUCGUCCUCCUCAGUGUGUGUGUGCGAGUUGGUCGGCAGCCUCCUCAUGUCUCGGCCCACCUUCUUGUGUAUGUCAGUACUACUUGACGGUGCCUGCUGCAGUGGGAUAGGAAUGUACUGAAUAUGUAAAUACGGAGGCACACAGUGUUUGUAUUAUCGGCCGACAAAGAUGUAUCUGAAUGAGUCGACAGUUGUACCAUAUAUCUCCCUCCUUCUGCUUUGUUUCCUUCCGCUGAGUACUGUGAAUUACUACAUGUCUCAUUAUUGUGAAUAAUAAUGUAUUUAUUUACCAGGAGUGUCAUCGGGUCCGCAGAAAAUUUUAACCAAGAAUAGAUUACAUCUUCCAUCUCAGGUUGUAGUGAAUAGGUUACAGAUUUUAAAAAAAGAGAUACACUAACUCCUCAGCGCACACUAACAAGUCUACACUAAGAGAGCAAACCAACAGCUGCUAUCUACAGUAUGUAGCCUCACACAGUGGAAGUGAUGUAAACCUGUAGCAGAGUAGAAGCAGAGACGAGCGUGGAUGUCAUUGAUGCCGUGACCUGAUAUGGCAUGAGCUCCUAGAAGUGAAAUUUAUCAAAGAGUUCUGUUCCAAAACGAGAAAUCCACUUGCUGAAAAACAAUCAGACCAACAGCGACGAGUUCUGU